AUGAACAGUACAGCUGAACAUGGUGUGGUACUGAAGGCUGGGGUGAGCAGUUCUGCAAAACAUGGUGUGGUAUUGAAGGCUGGGAGUGAGCAGUACUGCAGAACAUGGUGUGCCAACAGGAACUCAAAUUUCUUUGUGACUCCAAGUCAACAAUCAGCAUGUGGGAAAUACCAUAAUACUCAAUGUGACGACACUUUGUCAGAUAAGCUGUUAGUCAAAGGGCGAGCUGCUGUGCUGACUAAAAGCAGACAGAAUAACUGUGCGGAGUCAAAGGGUGAGCUGCUGUGCUGUGCGGAAAGUAAUGAAAAGUUCGACAAGAAAUGUGAACAAAAACUGCUGCUGAAAAGUCAUGGAGAGGAAAAAUCAGUUGAAUGGGGUAACUGCAGUCUGGAUGUACAUCAGAGUAAUUACAGUGAACAGAAACCAUAUAAAUGUUUCACAUGUGACAAGACGUUUUCAACAAAAAGUAAUUUAUCAGUCCAUCAGGUAAUCCACUUGGGAAAGAAACCCUAUAAAUGCAGCACAUGUGGCAAGGGUUUUACGCAGAAGUUUAGCAUGAUAAGACAUGAGUAUGUCCACACGGGCACAAAACCCUACAAAUGUGACACAUGCAACAAGAGUUUUGCAGUGAAGGGAGACAUGAUAAGGCAUCGGCAUGUCCACACUGAGCAGUGGCCCUAUAAAUGUGCUAUGUGUCGCAAGGGUUUCACAGAUAAGAGAAGUUGGAUAUCACAUCAGAGUAUCCACACUGGUUGCAAGCCAUAUAAAUGUGUGACUUGUGACAAGGGUUUUACAAGGAAGGUUAACUUGGUAAGACAUGAAUAUGUGCACACUGGACAGAAACCUUACAAAUGUGAUACGUGUGACAAGGGUUUUAAAGACAAGAGAAGUUUGACAUCACAUCAGAGAAUCCAUACUGGGUACAAGCCAUAUAAAUGCCCCAGUUGUGACAAGGGUUUCACAAACAAGUUUAGCAUGUUAAGGCAUCAGUUUGUGCACACAGGACAGAAACCAUACAAAUGUGCCACGUGUGGCAGGGGUUUUGCAGUGAAGGGAGACAUGGUAAGACAUCAACAUGUUCACAGUGAGCAGAAACCAUAUAAAUGUGCCACAUGUGGUAUGUGUUUUGCAUUGAAGGGUUACCUGGUAAACCAUCAGUUAGUACACACUCAACAGAAAUCAUAUAAAUGCACAGUAUGUGGCAAAAGUUUCAAACAGAAAGCUAGCAUGUUAAACCAUCAGUUAGUACAUGGGCAGACUCGCUACAAAUGUGCCACAUGUGACAAGAGUUUUACAAGGAAAGGUAGCUUGAAAACACACCAAUACAUACACAGCGGGCAGAAGCCCUAUAAAUGCAAUAUGUGUUACAAGGGUUUUUCAAGUAAGACUUGUUUAGCAGGACAUCAAAGUAUCCAUACAGGCCAGAAACCACAUAAAUGUGCAGUGUGUGGUAAGGGAUUUACAUGUAAAAUGACAUGGACAACACAUCAGAAUAUCCACACUAAGCACAAACCCUAUAAAUGCGCCAUGUGUGAUAAAAGGUUUGCAGCAAAGGGAGACAUGAUGAAACAUGAAUAUGUCCACAGCGAAAAGAAACCUUAUAAAUGUGACAUAUGUGACAAGGGUUUUACAGAUAGGAGGUACCUGGCAGCACACAAUAAUAUCCACACAGGGCAGAAACCUUAUAAAUGCAAUGUAUGUGAGAAGGGUUUUACAGAUAAGAGAUACUUGACAGUGCAUCAGAGUGUCCACACUGGGCUGAAACCCUACAAAUGUAAUGCAUGUGGCAAGGGAUUUGCAGUUAAGGGAGAUAUGGUCAUUGUGAAAUAUUGGAAACGUGGAAAUAAAGAAGUAGGGAUCAUGUGGGAUCAUCCAAUGCCAACAGUUAACAAAGUAGAAACAAGAAAACCAGAUAUUGUAGUGGAAGAGAAAAGGAGCCUGUAG